AUGAAUACCAUGUUUUCUAGAGAUGCACAAAUGAAGGCGAUGGAAAUGACAGUGAACAAUGCGGAAACACACCUUGGUCAGUUCUGCACACUGUUUGCCUCUUACACGCGGAAAACAGCCAAACUGAGAGACAAAGCUGACAUGUUAGUGAGACAGCUCAGUGACUUCGCCAGCACAGAGGAUCCUGAGACCGGAACCUGUUUUCGCCUGCUCUCUGAGGACUUUGCCAUGGUGCAAGACUACAGACAAGCUGAGGUAGAGAGACUGGAAACAAAAGUGGUGGUUCCUCUGAAGGCAUAUGGAGACAUAGUGAAAAACAAAAGAGCGGAUUUGAAGAGGCUUAAUGCAGAUCGAAGCCAGGCAUUGAAAGAGCUGCAGAAACUGGAGAGGAUCCGACUGAAGAACCCAGCAGACAGACAGAGCAUCUCACAGGCCGAGGUGAACGUCCAGAAAGCAACCAGUAAUGCCAACAGAAGUGCAAGACAGAUGGAGGAGACGAUCAUUGAUUUCCAGAGGCAAAAACUUGAGGACCUUAAGAGGAUCUUCACAGACUUCAUCAUGGUGGAAAUGCUCUUCCAUGCCAAAGCACUGGAGGUCUACACACAUACCUUCCAGAACAUGGAAACCAUGGACAUAGACAAAAACCUAGAGCUGUUUAGGAGCCGUGUCCAGGUCUCUGACCCUCUCCUGGAGACUCAGACCCUGCCGAGCAUUCAGUCUACUUCAUCUAUCACUCGCUACCCAAGCCCCACGCCCUCCAAACUCAGACUGACUUCAGAAAUCACCAAACAGUCUGAACAGACAAAACAGGCGAGAUCAGACCUAACCAAACAUUGGAGAUUAGAACAGGCUGAUCAGUCUGUGCAGAGAGGCACUCUGCGUAGGCAGCCAGAGAUGGAGGUUGAGGAAGAGGAAGAGGAAGAUGAUGAUGAGAUGUAUGAGUCUGAGGAAGCUGAGGAGGAGCCACACACAAUACGAGAGUCUUAUGCUGCCUCAUAUGCCAGGAUCCACAGACAGAAAUGA